AUGAGUAUAAGAGAUAUUGCAUUAAGAGUUGAAACCUGGCUUUCUGCUACGUGGCAUGUUAAAGUACCUCUAAUGUGGCUAGAAGCUUGUAUAAAGUGGAUCCAAGAAGAAAAUAAUAAUGUUAAAUUGAGUCAGGCACAAAUUAAUAAACAAGUGUUUGAGCAAUGGCUUCUAACUGAUCUGAGAGAUUUGGAGUAUCCUCUUUUACCUGAUGGCAUUUUAGAAGUCCCAAAAGGAGAACUGAAUGGAUUUUAUGCUCUGCAGAUUAAUUCAUUUGUUGAUGUAAGCCAACCUGCAUAUUCCCAGAUACAGAAGUUAAGAGGAAAGAAUACAACAAAUGAUCAAGUUACAGCUGAAACCCAAGUACCUGAAAAACCUUGGGAAGCAAAGCCUUCACGAGUGUUGAUGCUGCAGAUAACAGAUGGAAUUAUACAAAUGCAGGGAAUGGAAUAUCAGUCUAUUCCAGAUCUUCAUAGUGAUCUUCCUCCAGGUACAAAAGUUUUGAUUUAUGGAAACAUUUUUUUCCGUCUUGGUGUUCUGUUAUUGAAACCAGAAAAUGUAAAGGUGUUGGGGGGUGAAGUAGAUGCUCUUUUAGAAGAAUAUGCCCAAGAAAAAAUACUAGCAAGGUUAAUUGGGGAAGCUGAUCCUUUAGUUUCAGUCAUACCAAAUAAUUCUAACCAAACCAUCCCCAGGACUACAGAUAUUACAGAUCCUGCUUUAGGACCUUCUGAUGAAGAACUCUUGGCAAGUCUUGAUGAAAAUGAUGAACUUGCAGCAAAUAAUGACACUUUGGAAAGAGAAUAUUUUAGCAUAGGUAGUUCUUCAAAUACUGAAACCAUGAGAAAGCCAAGUUUUGAACCAGGAUUUGUUAUUUCUCCAAAACCAAAGGAAGAACCACCAAACCAAUCUAUGCAUUUCACUGAUGGAGAAUUAGAUGACUUUUCAUUGGAAGAGGUCUUGCUUUUAGAAGAAACUGUCCAGAAAGAACAAUUGGAGACUGAAGAAUUGCAGUCAUUGACAUCAAACAGGAACACAGCAUAUAAAUCUAAUACUCUGAAUAAUGUUCCUUUGAUUUGUAAAAAUGGAAACAAUAAUUGGGAUGGAAAAAAUGUAUCUGAAGAAAUAAAUAAUAAAGAUAGAUCUUUUGGUUGUCCAUCUGCUAGAGAGCUAAAUAGUAAUGUUUUCUCAGUUGAUCAUAAUGUACCCUUGCCCCAUGAUUUUACAAAUAAAGAUAGGAAUUCAAAGACAGAUAAUAAAGUAAAGCAAAGUGUCAGCAGUUCAAAUGGGGCUUCCUUAAAUCAUAAAAUAAUAAAUAGAGAGCUGGUCAAUUAUGUACCAAAAAGGAGUUUACAAAGAUCUAAUGAAAAUGAGCACCAUUUACAGACUUGUUCUUUAAGAUCAUCAGAGAAUAGCAAUAAUCUUUCUAUCAGUAUGGAUUUGUAUUCUCCACCUUUUAUCUAUUUGUCUGUUCUAAUGGCCAGCAAACCAAAGGAAGUUAUAACUGUCAAAAUCAAAGCAUUUAUUGUAACCUUAACUGGAAAUCUCUCAAGCUCUGGUGGCAUCUGGAAUAUAACAGCAAAGAUUUCUGAUGGCACUUCAUAUCUAGAUGUAGACUUUGUAGAUGAAAUACUUACUAGUCUGAUAGGGUUUUCAGUAUCAGAAAUGAAACAGUUAAAAAAGGAUCCUGUUCAGUACCGGAAGUUUCUGGAAGGUUUGAAGAAAUGUCAGAGAGAUCUAAUAGAUUUAUGUUGUUUGAUGACAGUUUCAUUUAAUCCCUCUUUAUCUAAAGCAAUGGUACUGUCAUUACAAGAUGUUAAUAUGGAACACCUUGAGAAUUUAAAGAAACGCUUGAAUAAAUAA